AUGGGCUUGCAUGUAGAAGACCGUGUUGCGAUUGUCGUCGGGGCUACUUCCGGCAUGGGAAUUGACCUGGCCAAAGACCUCCACACACGCGGCUGGAAAGUUGCGGUCGUGGGUCGACGCCGUGAAGCCGGCGAGGCUCUCCUGAAAGAGCUUCCCGGUGAUAAUGCCCGGUUCUAUGCUGCUGAUAUAUCCAACUACGAUCAAUAUGCUAGUGUUUUCCGAGAAGUCCGCAAACUCUGGGGACGCAUUGAUGCUCUUUGUGCUAAUGCCGGCAUCGUCGAUACCGACUCGAUCUACAUCUAUGAUUGGAAGAAGCAGGACAAGACCGUGGAUGAGAUUCCGCCUGAACCAGAGCUGACGGUGGUUGAUAUCAACUACAAGAGCGUGGUCUAUGGCACCCAACUGGCCACUCAUUUCAUGCGGCAUAACGCUCAGCCAGGUGGACGCAUUGUGAUCACUGGGAGUAUCGGUGCUGUCUUCCCCCAUGAGUCGUAUCCCGUCUACUGCGGUACCAAGGCUGCUGUCAACCACUUCGUGCGUGGUGUUGCGCCGCUGCUGAAGCAGAAGGAAAAUAUCCUGAUCAAUGUCGUAAUGCCGGGUAUUGUUAACACGCCCAUUGUUCCACCCGAAAUGAUCGCGGCCGUCACACCAGAGUGCCUAACCCCGGUCGCAACCAUCCUCAAGGGGUACCAGACCUUCCUGGAAGACACGACUGGCAUGGCCGGUGAAAUACUCGAAUGUUCUGCCGAGAAGCUGAUCUACUACCACAUGCCUGAAUACGGAAAUGGACAUGUCACCAAACGGGCCAUUACCGUCUGGGAACCCCUGUUCCGUAUGAUGCACGGUGAAGAUUCAGGACUUCCGGAUGCGAUCCCGUGA